UUUCCCGUGGUCACGCCCUGUUGUAGUUGCCUUUCUCUUGAACCAGCUACUAGUUCAAUGUUAACAGCCUUACAUAAAUAUUAACUUAUUUUAUUUGUAAAAUAGUAUAUACCAGAAUGCCUCACACUAUCGUUACUACUACAAGCACAACAACAACAACAUCCUCAUCGGAUGGAGGAUUUUGCAACAUCGGUUAUGCGCGUUCAUUUCAAGGAUUACUGAAAAUCGGCCAAGUGGUGACCCUCCUGAUUGCUUUCCUUUGUGUGUACUGUAAGGGGUUCACUUCCUCUGAAUACCGCUACUUUGAGGUGGUUACUGCAUGGUUUCUCAUCGUCUUCUUAAUCUUCUUCCUCAUGUAUUUGUUUCGACUUCAAAGCAAAAUCACUUGCAUCAACUGGACAUUGACGGAGUUUUUACAUUAUGCUGUGGGAGGAAUCCUGGUCUUUAUUGCCUCUAUAGUUGUUGCUGUGAAGAGUUAUGGGUUCUCAGCUUUGAUCGCUGGAUCUGUGUUUGGCUUUAUAGCUACUUUUCUUAUUGCAAUCAGCAUAUGGACUUCUUAUAAGGUCACAUGUGGCUCUCAACCAACUGGUGCUGCAGUGUAACUGGAUGGAUGAUCAGAUGACAGUAGCAAGGAAAAUUCUCAAUUUGUUCUAGAGAGACAGAGUUCUUUAAGGACAUUAAAGGGACAUUUUCGGUUGUUUCUGAAGAUGCUUUAUGCUUCAAAAGUGGAUUUUUUUCAUCAAAAUUUUAGUGCCUCUGUGAACUUAAUCAGCUUGGAUCAAACUUUGAAUUUUUCAGCAUUAAGACUGGUUUAUUUUAAGAGUGGAGUUUUAAUAUUUAUCAAUAAUGUCUGAAACCAAAAGGGGCCAUUUAUUCACGAGAAUGUUUACAUUAUUUAUUUGACAGUAUUCACUGGGGAAAAUAUUUAUUUAAAGCCCCAGCUGAUUUUUUUAUUUUGCCCACUUACAAAGAAAUGAAGGGUCUGGCACAUAACCAGUGGGAGCCAGAACUUUUUCUGGUUGGUAGGGGAUCAAAUACUUAUUUCACUCACUGAAAUGCAAAUCAAUUUCUAAACUUUAUAUAAUGCAUUUUGUUUUUUGUUUUCUGGAUUUUUUGGUUGGUAUUCUGUCUCUACCCAUUAAAAUAAACCUACCCUUCAUCUCUUUGUAAAUAGGCAAACUUACAAAAUCAGCUGGGGAUCAAAUAGAUAUUUCUCCCACUGUAUAUCGUGUGAUGCAGAUUUGAUUUAGUGCCUGUGAUAAAAGGAUAUUUUGGCUGAAAUUAAGGAUUGAUGCUGACCCACAGUAUUAUUGCUAUUAUGAGAAGAGUUGAGGUGUUUUGCUUUUCACAGUAUCUCUAUAUAUACAUAUAAUGAUUUGCAACUGUAAAGUUUGAAGAAUGCAUUUUUGGCUUUCUAAAUGUAAGUGCCUUUGUUGUAUUCAUUGUGAUAAAAAGAAAAGGUCUCCUGA